CACGUGAUUCGAUCUACAGUCUACCGAAAGCAAAGCGAAGCUCCCUCGCGCGCGCUCUCACUGCAGGACCAAUCAGGAGCGAGCUUUAGAAACUCUAAUAGAAAUAAUUGAAGCUUUGUUGAGGAUUUUGAGUUCGUGUAGGUGUUAAGAGAGAUCAGACCCAAGAUCAGACCCAAGAUCUGACCCAGGAUCAGACCCGGGAUCUGACACGGUUCUGUGAUCUCGCGUGCGCGCUGGAGGAGGAUCAUGGGAGCGACUUUGGGGACUUUCAGCCUCCUGAACUGGGCUCCGUGUCUGUGUGGCUCGGCGACAUGUUUGGCAUGUCGAUUUUGCUCGAAAUGUAAGAACUCAAUAGUGACUCGCAUCAUUUACGCCUCGAUCCUGUUAAUCGACACCAUCAUCGCCUGCAUCAUGCUGUCACCCAGCGUCGAGCACCAGAUGAAACGGAUCCCUGGAUUUUGUGAAGACGGCAUGACGUCCAGCAAGGCAGGAGUUUUUCAGUGUGAGACUUUUGUGGGCUACAAAGCUGUGUAUCGUCUUUGCUUUGGCAUGAGCAUGAGCUUCUUGGCCUUUUUUCUGCUCACCAUCAACAUAAAGAGCAGCAGAGACCCUCGAGCUGCAAUUCACAACGGCUGCUGGUUUCUCAAAAUCGCAGUCAUUAUCGCGCUCACUGUCGGCGCCUUUUACAUUCCAGAGGGACAAUUUUCCUACAUUUGGUUCAUGGUGGGUGCAUUUGGAGCGUUCUUCUUCAUCCUCAUCCAGCUGAUCCUCCUCGUGGACUUUGUGCACUCGUUGAGCGAGUCGUGGCAUGACAAGAAGGAAAACGAGAACGCAAAGCUGUGGGGUUGUGCCUUGGUGAGCGUAACGUUACUGAACUACUCUCUGUCGAUCACCGCCAUCACGCUCAUGUGGAUUUUUUACGCUCAGCCUGUGGAGUGUGUACUCAACAGGUUCUUCAUCAGCUUCAACCUCAUACUGUGCUUCACAGCUUCAGUGAUCUCCAUUCAGAAGAAAGUUCAUAAACGUCUUCCCGCUUCUGGACUCAUGCAGUCGUCCUUCAUCACUCUGUACACCAUGUACCUCACCUGGUCAGCCGUGACAAACGAACCAGAAAAAUUGUGCAAUCCCAGCCUGCUGAGCUUUUUCCAGCAGGUCGCCAAUCCCAAUAUCUCUUCAACAAACCAAACCAUCGUUGACCCCCCAGAGCAUCCUUAUUUCUUAUGGGAGGAUACGCAAAGCAUCGUGGGAUUGUUACUGUUUGUCUUGUGCCUUUUAUACUCGAGCAUUCGCUCGUCCAGCACCAGUCAGGUGAACAAACUCCUGCUGACUCCUCCAGAAGCCGUGCUGAUAGAAGACUGUUCCACAGGAAGCCUCGGAGUCUCAGAGGGUCCGAGACGAGUGAUAGAUAACGAGAGAGACAGCGUCCAGUACAGCUACUCGUUCUUUCACUUCCAGCUCUUCCUCGCGUCGCUCUACAUCAUGAUGACGCUCACAAACUGGUACAGGCCUGAUGCUAACUACAGAGACAUCACACACAAGCGAGGACCAGUUUGGGUGAAAAUCUCGUCCAGUUGGGCUUGUCUCUUCCUCUACGUCAUGACUCUGAUCGCUCCCAUCAUCUUCAAAAACAGAGACUUUCCAUAGCCACUUUAUCGCAACUGAUUUAACGUAACGCUUUUACUCUUAUAUGGUUUUAAAUCAUGUUUUUUUUUUCUUAAGAUUUUUUCUGACACAUUUUACUGUUUUUUUCUGUUACAGUUUUCAGUGUUAAAGAAAUAUUGUGAAUUUUCUCUCAUUUUCUUAAGAUGUUUUAUGUCAAUUUUUUCUUACAAGAUUUUACAUUUUAGCAAUAUUAUCACUUUUUCACUCCAGAGAUUUUACAUAUCAUUUGUAAAAUAUUAUGACAAUUUUUUAAAAAACGUUUUACGUUUUUCUCUUGAAGGUUUAAUGUAAAGUUGAAAAAAUAUCGUGACAAUUUUUAUAUAACUUUAUAUAAAAACUCGACAUUUUGUCAUGUUUUUCUUACGGGAUUUUACUUAUGGUUUAAAUUUUAAUUUUCUUGAGUUUGACAAACAUAAUGACAAUUUUUGCACCAGACAAUUUGUCAUGUUUUUUUCUUAUGAGCGUUUAUGUAAAGUUUGAGAAACAGUGAUAAUUUUUUUCUUAAUAAGUUUUAUAUCACAGUUUUUAUCAGGAUUUAUGUAACGUUUGAGAAAUAUUGUGACAAUUUUUAUGAGAUUUUCUUACAUUUCUAUUUUCCUCUAUUGUGAGAUUUUACAUAAAAAGUUUGAGAAAUAACGUUACAAUUUUUUUCUUAAGACAUGUUGCGUCAUAUUUUCACCUUACAAAACUUUAUGGAAAGUUUGAGAAAUAUUGUGGCAAGGUUUUCGUAAGACGUUUUACAUGACCCUUUUGUGAGGUUUUAAGUAACUUUUGAGAAAUGCAUUUUUUCCUAAAGUGUUUUGCGUAGGUUUUUCACCUACAAUAUUUUGCAUUAGUUUUCUUUAAAGACAUUUUAUAUAACAGUUUCCUGUUAGGAGAUUUUAUUUAGAGUUUUAUCUUUUAAAAAAUUCUUUAAGAGAUGUAUCAUAUUUCACAUAUCAUUUUUACUUAUUAUUUUUUGUGUAAGAGAUUUUAUGUAGCUUGUUUCGUUACUCAUGUCUGGACCUUUUACAGUUGAAACAUAGUCGUGACUAAAACCGUCCUUUUUUACGCAUAUUUUUACCUGGACGUCUUCACACUGGAAAUAGAGACAUGACCACAGAAAUAUGGAACAAAAUAUUGCCUUUAGUAGUAACAAACAGAAAUCAUUUUUUUAAAAUGUUUUUGUUUUUAGCGUCUAUUUUACUGACGUAGCACUUUUUCUCUCGUUGUUAUUCUUGUGCCAUUAUUGCGUAUUGUUUUAAAUGAAAUGUUUAUCUUGGACGGGGGGAAAAAAACACAAACGGAUGUUAAAAAGCUUUUCAGAAAGCUAAAUACGUUUUUACACUUUUACUGAAAAAUUUUGUCACUAAAUGACAUGCUGUUGUUUUUGACUACUUUUCAAUAUUACGCUGACUUCAUGUCAGAAUGUCGAGAUGUAAUUACGAGACGACGAUCCUGAGAUGUUGUGAGAUAUCUACACACUCAGGAGUGAACUGUUUCCUUAAUAUUUAAUAUUUAAUAUUUUAAGGACACCAAAAUGGGUACAUAAUGGGCCGUUAUAAUAGCUAGUAGGUAGCUAAAAAAAAUUUUUUUUAAAUCUUCUAUUGCUGUUUUUUUUAAGGCUCAAUUCUGCACAGAACUAAACUAACCUGCACUACACUCUUAAUGAUGAUGUCAUUAGAGGAACGCGUAAUGAAAUGUAUAGAGUUAAAGAUUCCUGACGUUACACGUCCUUUAGCGUCAGUCGGCGCUGCUGUUUUUUCGCUUCUUUAUGUUUUCAAACGGUGCUCGCGAGUUUGAUGAUGUAAACGUUCUUUACGCUAGCUGAAUUUGUACUUAUUGUCGUCGUGGCGUGACGUGAUGUGACAUGAAUGCGCUAGAAAUGACGUCAUAAUAUCGUAUUACAUGUAAUUCUGGAGUGAUGUAAUAAUUAUGGACUGUAUGUUACGUUUGUGUCUCGCUCACUGAACAAACACAAAACAAAAUAUAUACGUAUUUUAUUUGCUUUCCAUUUAUCGUAGUGUAAAACUGACCGUUUUAUAAACACUUCACUUAAACUGUUAACAUUUUUAUUUUUUUUUUAAACACUUGUCCAAUAUUUGAACCACACACACAUUCUAUAAAACCAAAUCAAUAAAUUCUAAAGUAAAAAAGUCUUUUUUUAAAAUGAAAUCCUUCUUUAAUUAUUCCAGGUCUUUUUUUUUUUUUUUUAAUUUUUACUUCAUCAUGACUUUUUUCUUAACUAGACCAACAGCUCUUUCAGAUUCCUCUUUCAUUUCUUUUAUCUGAUCUGUAAUAGUCAAAUAAAAAAAUUAUAUUGGUUUAAGUAAUAAUUGUAUUCUUCAUAAUACUUAGACAAUGUGUAAUUAUGCACCUUUUUCCCCCUCAUACAACUGACUCGUAUAUUUACACUAAUUAAUAUUUUUAUUUAUUUCAUACUUGCUUUUUUAUUUGUUUAAUUCAGGCACAAACAAAACUGUAAAUACACAAUUAAUUUUUUGUGAAUAAUUUCCAUACCAAAGCCUUUUGAGUUCUUUAUUUAACAUUAUUUGUAAACGACUCUUUAUCAGACAAUGUUGUUCAAGUUGCUUUUUUAUAAAUUGUGGCAAAAGUGAUUUGCUUUUUUCUGUUUUAAGUCUGUUUUUUCUCUUCAGUAUCAGUAAAAUCACAUCUCAGCCUUCAGAACUAAUUAUUCAUGUCUUUUAAAUAUUCUUUGGUUUAAACAUUCAUUAGUGUUGAAACGGUUUAAUUCAGCUCAGGGAUUUUAUUCUGUCGAAGAGAGAAACUUACUGAAGUUUCAAAGCUUUUACAUUCAAGCUCAGAGGCGCAAAACGACAGAACAGCAACAGACACAACGCCGUGAAGCCUUCAAACUUACACUGGCGUCACAGCGUUUAUUUGAGAUAAGCUCGACAUGAACCAACACGAACAAAAAUAUCACUGUGUAACUUCACCCGGAGCGAACCAUCGUUAAAUACCAGAAUUCCUUCUUCCCUUUCAGUGAAAUCUCAUUUUAUUCUGCAGUCUAAAAAAAAUUCACAGUGGAAUUGGAGCUGGAAGUGACUAAAACCUCAGAAUGUGAGGAAACCUUUUCAUGUGAGGAAAAGUGGGCGGAGUUCAGAGAUAUAAAUAUAAAUUAUAAACAUCAGGCAUUUUUGUAU